AAUGUGCACUAAAAUAAAUACAAUCAAAGAAGGAACAAAUAAUGUAAGUAUUUCAUAAGAUUCAUUUAGGGGAGAAAGAACAAGGCAAGUAGGGAAGUGAACCCUUUCCAUAGGAAUUUCUACGGCGGUGCCGGUUUAGGAGAGAGUUGAAGGCGAAACACCGUUCACCGGAGAAAAAUGGGCGCCGGAGAGGAGCAACAACCGGAGCCAACCCUUGAGAACGUAACCACAGCAUCUUCCAUAUCGGCAAUUGCAGAGGACCUGCAGCGCACGGUUGUUCAAUCAAAGGAUUCUGCAAUUCGCUCUGCUCGUUCUCUCCAAGAGGCCUCUUCCUCCCAUAUCCGCUCCUUCCAGGAUUUUGUACCCCGGGCAACAUCACAGUUCAAAACUUACGAAGAUGCUUUUUUCCGCAAACUUACAGAUGAGCUUAAGAUAGCUAGGGAACACCCAGCUGCCACGAUUGGAGUUGCUGUUACAGCUGGCCUUCUCAUUAUGCGAGGACCAAGAAGAUUUCUCUUUCGCCAUACGUUGGGUCGAUUUCAAACUGAGGAGGCGAGUUUUUUAAAGGCUGAGAAGCAUGUAAAGGAGUUGAACCUUUCAGUGGACCUCAUGAAGAAUGAGAGCAAAAAAUUGCUUGAGAGGGCUGCUCUAGCUGAAAAGGAUAUGAAAUACGGCCACAACGAGCUGAUGAAUGCUGGAAGUCAAAUUCAACAUCUUUCAAGGUCAAUCUACAAGGCUGAAGCCCAAGCUGCAGAUUUGAUGGAUGGGCUGAGGGAAAUUUCUGGUAGGGAUGCAUUAAAACUUCGAGCAGAGGUGGCUUCGAUGACAACAUUUUUGAAGCGUCAAAGGACUUUGCUUGAAAAUAGGGCAAUGAAAGUCUCCGACAUGGGGAUUCCUCUAUGAUAAACUGGAGAUUGAGGUAUGGAGUAUGUAACUUGUUCCCUGCUAGCAGAUGCCUAUGACAAUUUUGAUCUUAAAUAAUUUCCAAAUGUGGGGCUUUCCUUCCAUCUGGAUCAAGUCUACUAGUAGGAAUAGAGUGAUUGUUGGAAAAUCCUUUUUUACUUGGAAACAUUUUACAUUUACAUUUCAUUUAUGGGUGUAUGAUCUUUGCACUAUUGAAUUGCUUAUUGCUUUGACUGAAUAUGAUUUUGAUCAUACACCAUUGAAUAUGAUUUUUUCAUGUGACUAAGGAUGUGUUUGAAAUA